ACUAAACUAUUCUUUUGCAGAGACAUGCAAUUCAUGCUAUUGUUCAGCCGUCAAGGCAAAUUAAGGUUGCAGAAGUGGUAUGUGGCUCAUCCAGACAAGGCCAAAAAGAAAAUAACAAGAGAGCUCAUCACAACAAUUCUGGCUCGUAAACCUAAAAUGUCUUCUUUUCUUGAGUGGAGAGAUCUCAAGAUUGUGUACAAGAGGUAUGCAUCUCUUUACUUCUGCUGUGCCAUUGACCAGGAAGACAAUGAACUGCUCACUCUAGAGGUCAUCCAUCGAUAUGUUGAGCUCCUUGACAAGUAUUUUGGAAGUGUGUGUGAACUUGACAUCAUCUUCAACUUUGAGAAGGCAUACUUCAUGCUGGAUGAGCUGGUGGUUGGGGGUGAGGUAUGCGAAACCAGCAAAAAAAAUGUCCUCAAAGCCAUCGCGGCCCAAGAUCUUCUUCAGGAGGAAGAGAUCGUCGAGUUGGCGCUCCGAGACCUCGGCCUGAUCUAGAGCACGAGACUCUACCUCGAUCUAGAGCCCGUGACUCGAUCUACCUCGAUCAUAGAGCGCGAGACUCGAAGCUGCACCGCGACGUUGUUACUUUUGUCUUCGUUUCUUGACGCUCAUUUCACAAACUAUUUAAAUGCAGCCUCUUUUCAGCGUAACUCAGAUCACAUUUGUGGGUUUCGCUGUCUAAAAUGAGGCAAAAGUCAUACAUAUAUUUUUCUUCGAUGAAUUCUUGCUAUACGCCCACUCAUGCAGGUAUUUUUCUUCGCCUCAUUGGGGUACAAGUCAAGUUAUUUUAUUUAUUUGUUUUAUUAGCUAGCUUGCGUCACAAGCGGAGCCGUCUGUGUGUUUUUAUUGCUAACUUUAUAUACAAUUAACCAAUAUUUACCCAAUAUUCCAUUAGUGAACAUGCCAGUAGUAUUUUUUCGAAAUGACAUUUUUAAUUUUAGAGAAAUGAGUGAGACACAGUGAAAACAGUGAUGGGUUUAGCUUUUCAAACUAAACCCACAAAUCAUAGACGAGAUAUCAGCCGGUACGUGUAUUUAGGCCGCAACAUGUCCUUAGCGGGUUCAACAGUACGGUCUCUAAUACUGCUCUUACAACGUGUGAAGAGUCGCUCAUAGUAGUGGAGUGCGGUAGAGCGCCACUGUAUGCGCAGUGAUGACGGCACCGGCAUGAGAGGAGCUAGUCGUGGGUUCGAACCUUGAUUGCUCAGUUCAUUCCUCGGUGUCACUGACGGGCGGCGCUUGGUAGCCGUAGGCAGGUGGUGCUUGCAGCAUGGCCAAUUGGGUGUGUGUCCCUAAACGAACUCUUGGUACUUGCUACCUGGGGGGGAUCUCAAGGUCUUGGGGAGCACGUUAAUGCAACGCGAUGUUAGCCUUUGGGUUUCUCGCGUACUUUGUGUGGGAUUUUAAAAUAUAUAAUUAUGGAAAUUGCAUCACAGCCGCAUAAUAUUAUUUGUUUUGCAUUAUUAUGUAUACGCGUUAUAGCUGAAUGUUUUGUAGUUGGUGUUAGGAAGAAGAAAAUCAUUAAGGUCAUUUGACGGUGAUCCCAAGUUAAAGAUAUCUCACACUAGUAGGUAUUCAUCCAAAUUGUUGUUAAUCGAACUUGAUUCGCUUACAAUGACAACGCUUACAUUUCUUGCCGUUAUUCUAGUGACGAUAACUUUUAACGUGAUACUGGUAUAUUCUAUUGCUAUUUAUUACAAGUCGCGUCAUAUGACUUGAAUGUCCACCCCGCACUCACGGUAUGUUGGUGUGGUAUCAUCGAUCUGAAUCUGCAGUCCGUAUCACCAUUUGAUGAUCUCGCAGCAAAAUCGAGAUUUUUGUCGAUAAAAUUUCGGUCGUUUCUACUUCAAAACGAAAGACAUUAAAGAUCGAAUGUGUUUGAUCAUGUUUGUUGAACGAACAAAGUUCUUUGUUCUUUAACACCGGUAUUAUCAAAUUCUGUCACGAUUUCAACUGAUAAGCCUCUUCUAACUUUGAGCCGCCUUCUAUUUUAAUACUACGGUAUUUACUCUUUUUUAUUUUCAACUUCUUUAUUGAUUCGCCAAUCGAUUUCGACUGCCACUCCUGCGAUUAUUUUGAUGUGAACGGAAAAGAUUCUCUUUGCAACCGCCAUCGUUAAUUAUCCAUAUAAGUGCCUUAACUGAAGCAAUAAGCAUUGUGAUUGACAAUCUAGCAUAAUUAUUGUACUGAAUUGAAGCCAUCAUUGGCUUUGACAUUUUUCUCUGUAUACUUUGGCUUAGCAUCCCAUAUGCGUUUAAAUUGAUAAGUUUUUCUGAGAAAUUUUCUAAAAUUUUUCAAUCAUAAUCCAUCGAUGAUAUGAUGAUUAAUUUUAAUUUCUUAGUGGCAAUGAAACUGUUAAACUGAUUGGGACAAUCCUAAUCUUUCCGGGAUUUUAUUGAUAAUAACAACGAAAGGCAAGUUUAAACGCCAGUCUCGCUUCCAUUCAUAGACGUGACGUAGUCAUCGUUCUAGCGGCGUCCACUGGGGAAGUCGUGCGGUGACAUAAGAUCCAGAGUUUAUUUCUACGUCAUUCCAAAAAUGCCGCGCGUGAUAAAUUAUAGAAAUCGAAACGUUCAACGAAAUAAAUUUUAUGGUACAUUUGUAUUUUAAUUUGUUGAUACGUCUCCGUCAAAUGAGGUUCUAAAUGCGGCUCAAAAUUGCAAUUUUUAUAUCGGUUACGAGCUCGCGAUGCGUAUAAAAGACUUGCAUAAUGAUCUGUGAAUGGCAUUCUUGUGUUAGAAUUUAAUUGCAUUAUUUGGUAUUGUAAGUAUGUUACUCGUUAUGAAAAUAAUUCACUAAUAAUUCAAUGUAAAACUCCAGUUUUGUUAAUUAUUGGGCAGAAUAAGUGAGGCAUAAUACCUGCGUAGUUUUCUCUUCUCGCUAUAACUGACAAUAAUAUGUGUGGUCACAAUUUUUGGACCUAAUUUAACGUUGUUAAUUUAUAUUUAAUGAAGACAGUAUUUGACGAGUGCGUUGUGUAACCUGCUGGCGAUAAUUCAUAUUGUAAAGGCUUUUAAUCGAUUUAGAUAUGCUCUUAAUUGCAAACAAUGUGUGCAUUUACCGUAUCCUGCUAAGGGCGAAGCGGUGGACGAAAGACUGCAUUGUGGAUACAAGGAUUCCUUGUAUCAGGAUACGAAAGACUGCAUCGCCUGAGAUACAAGGAAGUUGUGACACCGAUUCCUUCACAAUUGGCGGCCAUGAUAAACUGCCGUUGAUGGUGGUAUUUUUCGGUGGAAAAAUAUGCCGUUGAUCGUGGUUUUCUUCAGUUGACAACAUUUUGAAUGAUUGUGGUUUUCUUCUGAAGAAAAAUUUGGCGAUGGCUGUAGUAUCCAUCGGAAAUGGUUGCAAUUUUCGGGUGAUAAUGGCUGUCUACUGAAAAGUUUUCCGAUGGCGUACAUAUAGUGCUUAAAAUUUUUUUUGAGUAUUAGUCAGAAGUAUCAAUUAAAGAUUAUAACAAAUUUUCAGCCAUGGCGAUGCGUGAAUUUUCUGUCUGAAAUAACCGCCGGUGUUAGCUGAAAUAUCGUCACAUUCUUGUGCCUUAUUAUUAAUCACAAAUAUAUUCAGCUUUGC